UGCCACCGCUCCGCCCACGCCUCCUCGCCGGCCUUCGGGUGCGUCACGUGACGGGUUGGCGGCGCUGGCGGUUGCUGUCAGCUGAUUCCCGGGGUUGGUGGCAGCGGCGGUAGCAGCGAUGGACUUUCUCCUGGGGAACCCGUUCAGCUCUCCAGUGGGACAGCGCAUCGAGAAAGCCACAGAUGGCUCCCUGCAGAGCGAGGACUGGGCCCUCAACAUGGAGAUCUGUGACAUCAUCAACGAGACGGAGGAAGGUCCCAAAGAUGCCCUCCGAGCAGUAAAGAAGAGAAUCGUGGGAAAUAAGAACUUCCACGAGGUGAUGCUGGCUCUCACAGUCUUAGAAACCUGUGUCAAGAACUGCGGGCACCGCUUCCACGUGCUGGUGGCCAGCCAGGACUUCGUGGAGAGUGUGCUGGUGAGGACCAUCCUGCCCAAGAACAACCCACCCACCAUCGUGCAUGACAAGGUGCUCAACCUCAUCCAGUCCUGGGCUGACGCGUUCCGCAGCUCGCCCGAUCUGACAGGUGUGGUCACCAUCUAUGAGGACCUGCGGAGGAAAGGCCUGGAGUUCCCCAUGACUGACCUGGACAUGCUGUCGCCCAUCCACACACCCCAGAGGACCGUGUUCAACUCAGAGACACAAUCAGGACAGGAUUCUGUGGGCUCUGACGCCAGCCAGCAAGAGGACUCUGGCCAGCACACUGCCCCUCUGCCCACCCCGCCCAUGCUGUCCGGUGACACACCCAUAGCACCAACCCCGGAGCAGAUUGGGAAGCUGCGCAGUGAGCUGGAGAUGGUGAGUGGGAACGUGAGGGUAAUGUCGGAGAUGCUGACGGAGCUGGUCCCCACCCAGGCCGAGCCUGCAGACCUGGAGCUGCUGCAGGAGCUCAACCGCACGUGCCGAGCCAUGCAGCAGCGGGUCCUGGAGCUCAUCCCUCAGAUCGCCAAUGAGCAGCUGACAGAGGAGCUGCUCAUUGUCAAUGACAAUCUCAACAACGUGUUCCUGCGCCAUGAACGGUUUGAACGGUUCCGAACAGGCCAGACCACCAAGGCCCCAAGUGAGGCUGAGCCGGCAGCUGACCUGAUCGACAUGGGCCCUGAGCCAGCAGCCACCGGCAACCUCUCAUCCCAGCUGGCAGGAAUGAACCUGGGCUCCAGCAGUGUGAGAGCUGGCCUGCAGUCUCUGGAGGCCUCUGGUCGACUGGAAGAUGAGUUUGACAUGUUUGCGUUGACACGGGGCAGCUCACUGGCUGACCAACGGAAAGAGGUAAAAUACGAAGCCCCCCAAGCAACAGACGGCCUGGCUGGAGCCCUGGACGCCCGGCAGCAGAGCACUGGCGCGAUGGGAGGUGGCUGUGAGAAGAGCAUCAGUGACUGGAUGGUGAGACAAGGCAUGCCACCUGGACGAUCCCAGUCACCCAGGCCUGCCUCAUGGAGGAUAUCGAGCAGUGGCUGUCCACUGACGUGGGGAAUGAUGCGGAAGAGCCUAAGGGGGUCACCAGCGAAGGUAAAUUUGACAAAUUCCUGGAAGAACGCGCCAAAGCCGCGGAUCGAUUGCCCAACCUCUCCAGCCCCUCAGCUGAGGGGCCCCCAGGUCCCCCACCUGGCCCAGCACCCCGGAAGAAGACCCAGGAGAAAGAUGAUGACAUGCUGUUUGCCUUAUGAGUGUGGGGUCUGGCACCCUGCAGCCCAGGUCCCCACUGCUCUCACACCCUUAGGCUGGGACCUCCCUCCCUCCUCUGGUGUCAAGGCUGCUUUGGGGGUGGCUCGUUACCCCCUUUUUCUCCUCUUUGAAGAUGGAGCUGCUUCAGCUGCGGCUGGGGGUGUGGAGGCAGUGGGAUGAACUGGGGAUAGGUCUGCACUGCAGUGGGAUCUGGCUGCUCUGCCUCCUUUCCCACCCCAGCUGACCAUGAGACUUUGCUGAGAAGUGGAGGCUCCAGGACGGGCUGGCUGGCUGGCUGACCCAGUGUGACUCUCCUUCACUGAGUGAUACCCUGCUCUGGGCCCAUGCCCCGUGGAGCCCUUCAGAGCCCACACUGCCAGUCGAGGCCUGGCUGGAAGCUGGCCACAGUGGCAAUUGUGUCGAGCCUGUUGUCCAUUCCCCGCUCUGCUGCUGGGGCCCCAUGGCUUUGGCUGGCCAUCAAGGGCAGGGUGUGGAGCUGCGGCGGCCCAGGUACGAAGCUGCAACUCUGCACGCAGUGGGCGAGAUCUCACCAGCCCCAGGCUGCAGGUGAGGCUUCAGGGGACGCUGGGGCCCCACUGUCCCUCCACUGCCUUGUCCUCCAUCCUUCCUCUGUUCCUUCUGGCCGGGCACCACAGCACUGGGGCUCAGCUCUUGGUUGAUCCUCUUGUACUGGGAGAGAUGCCUUUUGUGUCCCCAAUUAAACAUAGAAAACCACCCUGCUAGCA